AUGGAGUUCAAAAGAGGAAAAACAUUCAUAAAAUCUAGCAUGCAUCUGACUCAUGAGAAGCUACCUUUAGUGCACUUAAAUCCUAAAGAAAAGGAUGAUGUCAAAGCAGACAUAAAAGAGAAGAGCAAGCCUGUUGUUGAAAUUCAAAAAGCAACUUUUUCUGCAGAUAAAAAUGGCAGUUUUUCCAACAGAUUAACAAAAACUGGCUCUAGUGAGAGUAUACUGUUGUUACCCCAAUCUUUCUACAAACCUGUUAGGAAAAGCAAAACCCAUGACAGCUUUUCUGGGCUUGGAAACACCCAACAUUCUAGUGGCAAGAAAGAAUCUGUGGUCAACUCAAGCCAUUUUUUGAACAGCCCUCAACAGAUGAUUGAUUACCGCAACUUUGUACCCCAAAUGCCCUUUGUGCCAGCUGUUGCCAAAAGUAUACCUAGGAAGAGAAUUUCCCUGAAACGGUCCAAAAAAGGUUUUCGAGAUAUCUUUCAUAUUAAAAAAAAUAAGCCUGAGAAUGUUGCCUUGUUUUCAGAAAAGCAAAAAAGGGCAUUUCCAGGCUACAAGUCAGAAUUGGCAGGAAAGUUUGGUAAAUAUUUGUUCAAAGCUGGUGAAACCUUUUCUACUGAUUGCUUGGCGCAAGACUUAUCUGAUUGUGAGCUUCAGUCUGAGUCUUCAUAUGAAUAUUCAAGUACUUUGUGUGAAGAUGUUGCUUCCCUGAAAAGCUUUGAUUCUCUCACAGGAUGUGGAGAAAUCUUUGCAGAUGAAAGUUCUGCUCAUAUGGAAUUGGAGGUCAGCAAAGAAAUUUCGUUUAGACAAUCUCACCAAAAAGAGAAUCCUGCCAUGGGUUCCUUUCAAGGUGGAGUAGAGCAGCUUGCUUCCCCAGCUCAAAAUGAAGCAGCUGAUUUUUCAAAACUUUGGGACAACAUCAACAAAUCUGUGCAAUUGCACCAGAAGACACUGUUUGAUAGGAGUUUGCUAAAAAUAGCUAGCAGUGAGUUAGAAAAAGCAAAGAAGGAAGCCAAAGGCUCAGUGGCUGACUUGCUUUCUUCUCCUGACUCUUCUAAAGACAGUUCCAUAGAUACGGGGACCCCAAAGAGUGACAACCAGGAAUCUAUGUCCACCAGUGAUGAAGGAUACUAUGAUUCGUUUACUCCUGGGCAUGAUGAUGAAAUAAGGGAGGUUCAAUCCCCUGGAACACCAACCCAGUUUCCAAGAGACAGUUAUAGUGGAGAUGCCCUAUAUGAACUAUUCUAUGAUCCCAAUGAAGAUCAAAUCAGCCCAGUUCUAGAUGAUGAUUUAUGCUUCUCUGAAAGCAUUUCAGAAAAGGCAGUUGAGAUACCUUUAUCAAUUUACAGCUUUCAUGUAGGGUCAGAAGAAAAUAUGGCUUCCCAGCCAACCAUUGAUAUAAUCAGUCAGGGAUUCCUCCAUAGCACAUGGAAGGGCAAAGAAUGCUUGCUUAAGCUAUGUGAUACUGAGCUUUCCCUGACCAUGGGGAUUAUCAAUUGGCUGCGAAAAAAGCCAGGACUGUUUUCCCCCCAAGACUUUCCUAACAGUCCUCAGACACAGAUGAGAAAAGAUGAUGAGUCAGUGUCUCAAUGCAUCCCAGAUUUUAAGGAAAAUAAAAGCAAUCCAGGGGCAUCUUCAACUGAUAGCAAAAGUGAAAUCCAGACAUAUUCAACAGAAAAAAUUGAACAUGAUCAAAAGGAUAUCCAUUCAUGUAGCUUUCUAGAAGGAGAAGAAAAUGUGAAUGCUAUGUCUGAGCUCAUAAUUAACAAUGGCAUACCAGGUGACAGACAAAGAGUAGAGGACAGUUGGGAUGAUCUAUUGGUAAAUUCAUCUGAAAUGAAGGUGUUUCUCUCAGAAGAAUGUACAGAUAUUAGUAUUGAAUCUCUGCCACUAGAGGUCUCAAAUGAAGAUUCAGUUUGCCACAUUGUUAUGGAUAAUCAUGAUGCAGAAUCAUGUUCUUCUUACAUGACUGCAGCAACUUCUCCAGAUUCUCUAGAGCCUGAAGAUGACAGUGAAUCAAAGAAUGAAUCCUGGUCUGUUGAAUGUAAGGAUCCAACGGAGCCAUUGAGCUUCUGUCAUUCUCAAGUUCCCAUUAGUGAGAUUUCAAAGGAGAAUAAUACUAACCCAAUGCAGCUUUUAGAACAUUGUGUUACUCAAGUUGCUUCUUUAAAGAUCGAUUAUGAUUAA